AUCACGGCAAUUAAAUCGGCAGCUCCUGUACUACCCACAGGUUGAUGGGUGCAGCCAACCAACCGGUAGGAAUUACAAUAUCGCGUAUGACUAAAAACGGACAACUCGCAAUGCGACAAGGAUGACAUCAUCGGACAACUGGCAAAGCAAAGAAGACUUUCGCCAGUAACACACCUGGAGGGUUCUGCAAUGCAAGCAGGAGUUUACAGCGGGAGGGAUUAGCUACGGGGAAAAAAAGGCUCAAAUGUCCAAUGACUGAAAACCAGCCACCCAGGCAGCAGUGUGAGCAAAGGCUGUACGACGAGAGCUUCUCUGUAACAGCUGAACAAGUCCCAUCAUGUUCAGGACACGUUUGUCAGGGUGUGCAGGACGACGCAGCCUAGUUUCCUGAAAGAAACGUGUGUGCAUGAGUGGGAUUCAAAUGCCCUGUAUUUCCUCAACAGGACAGAUGGCAUUAAGCUUUUAAGCUUCACAGCUUCCCAAGGAUUCAUUUGAUGAACAAAGGACGAGAUACAAAAGGAUACAAAGAUUUUUUUAAGGAUAUAUUCAUAUAAAGGACAAGUGAAAACAUUUAAGUCUCUCUCAACCAGAUCUCCCAAAAUGCCACUUAGAACAUCGUUGUACAGAAAGCAACCCUCUGGUCGUUGGCCCGGCAGGAACACAAAGCGCCGGGAGGUGCUGUCAGUCAACAUGAUCAGCCUACCGCUGGCUGAUUUCCGCCACAUCACACAUAUCGGCAACGAUGCCCACACAGACAGCUUUGGGGACCUGUCUUUCCUAAAGAUGGGCCACGGCCUGCUUUUACAAAGCUCCCAGAGCGAACAGAACCUCUUCAUGGCCUGCUCGCCACCACCCAAGCCCCCACGUCUGAACCUGGAAGAGGCCGACGGUUCAGAGAGCCCAGACUGGUCUGUUGGCCACAAGCACAACGCCUCCCAGAAGAGAAAGAAAUGCAGCUCGAUGCCGCUGCUGGACAGUGACAAAGUCCAAGGAGAGAUAGAAAAGGAGGAGAAAAGAGGGAAUAAUGUUGCUUACAGUCAAACUCACGGCCCUGGACGGGGUAGUGUGAGUUCAGACAAGGACGGAGACUCCACAGAAAUGUGUGACAAAACUGCUGGAAAACAAAAGGACGAGGACAGUGGCUUUUCAUUCAGCCUUGACUUGGGCCCGUCAAUCCUAGACGACGUUUUGCAGGUUAUGGACAAAAUGCACCAUUAGACAACAUAGUCACAAUGCGUACUUAAAUAGAUCCGUGGCAUAUAGGGAAGAGAUCCAACUCAUUCUCAGGGACACACUUGUGAGGACAAUUCAAUAUCCUAAAGAGAUGUUAUUGUUCAAAUAAACCUGGAGACAUCUGAGAACUGACAGCACCUAUGUUAUAAUGGACAUAUACUAAUACACUGGAAACACUGAUGGUAAGGAUAAAGAAUUCUGUCUUAAUUCAGCAUUAUAAUAAAACUUGUUUAUUUGUGAAUCAGA